UGUAUCUCGCUCCUACCUGGAAGUCUUUCGAUAUCAGCAAGUUGACGUCACUUCGUGGUCACCCAGCAAAAAUUUCAGCUGCUUCCGCUUCGGGAAGUCGCGAUCACUUCGAAUUCGAUCGGCGGCAAGAGCUAGUCGGCUGCCUCGCCAACAGCCUUGGCCUCAACUCUUCGAGAGUCUUUCCCGCACUUGCUCUCAACACCCCCAAUAUCUCCUAGCAGUCGCGCUCAGAUCUUGAGCAUGCCGUUCAUCACGCCCAAGAAGACAAGUGAGCUUUCUCCACGAUGCUCAACCGCGACUCCGGCCUUUGUAUGGGAUGCUUUCCCUCCACCACCCCCAGAGGCUGAGACAUGGCAACCAGAUCCUGACAGCAUCGCUAGGCCUGGUGACCUCCCAGACCCUCGUUUCAAUCGUGAUCCAGAACACGAUCGACGCAGCAAGUCUUUCAGAAAGGAAGCAAAGAUGUACGCUGUAACUCAACAACAAAGCCAGAUGCCUUCGUCGCCAUCUAUAAGCGGCAACCUCCUAGGUCGUGGAAUCGGAGAGUGGCCUGCGGCAGCUCCACGCAGUACAGGCUACCCUCGUAAUCUGGUGCAAAGCUCUGUCACCCCUUCAUCUCCAGCGAGCCCUGUCAAAGAACAUGUUCAAAUCUCUAGGCCCAAGCUAGCUGCGACCAAGCCAAUCGCACGCGUCGCUGGUCCUCCCAAGGGAACGAUGGAGUCAAUGUUCGUGCCACACUCUCGCCUUCCAGAGACUCCAGUGCCAUCCCGGGCCUCCACAAGCUCAGCAUCGCCUGCGAAGAGUCAACCGCCGGCUUGGGCAGCCGCUAUUGAGGAAUCUAUCCAAGAAGACGCUAGAAAGGACGCGUCGGCUGCUAGCACAAAGAGCCCUCGCCCUGAGAGCAUCCGCAAGAAGUCUAUCCCUCCCCAUUUGAGAGCCAAGACCGAUGCUACUAUCAAAUCAACUCAUUUGGAGUCCAUCCUCGUAAGCCUGAACCCAAACGCCAAGGUUUGUGAGACUCCGGUCAAACAAGAGGAGACGGUCCAGGAUGAGGUGGACAUACUUGAAGACAACAUCGUAGCUUGGCAAGUGGCCAUGGAGAUUCCCGGUAUACAGAAUUCCAAAGAUGGCUUACGCGUGCAACAAGAGUUGCUGGACCGAUACAUUGUCAACAACCAACUUCCACCUCCUUCUCCUACCGCCGCCUCCGCUACCACCAUCGCCAAUAGUGCACAUAUUGAUCAUGUAACCAAGAUCAAAGUGUUGCUUAUACGCGCCAUGGAGCACGAAAUGGAUCUUGAGAAGGUGGCACCUGAGCGAGAGCUCAUGGUUAUGCAGCGCGCCGAGCUUGACAACUACCAUACCAAAGUCUGCUCUGCUCAUAAGCAAUGGUGGAAUGCUAUGGGACCGGGAUGAUUUAUAUCAAAGUCCGCGUGUGCAUUCGAACAGGCGGCUUAUGUGGUAUGCAUGUACUUCCUUUCUUAGCAGGUCGUCGCUGAUCACAAACACACACACAGGCUCUCACUUCACGAGCGGAAGUCCGCCCGCUACCAUCCAAGGUUCAGUGCUGGUUAAGGAGUCGGAACUUAGGGGAGGGAUUAUCUUGAUCAUUAGUAUGCCCAUCUUCUUGACCGCUAUGGUCAAAGUGCAAGGGCUAUGCUACUCGGUGGGGUAGGUCAUUGGUGAACAUCUUUGCACAGGAAGCA